AUGGAUGUUACCAAGUUCCUCACGGUGCUCGUGGUGCUGUGCCUCGAGGGAGGCGAGACUGGAGGCGGAGGGAAACACCAUGACCACGUGCGAUUGCACAUUCCGGAGUUCAUUCAUCAUGAUCACCAUAAGAAAGUAAUAACAAUUCAUCAUCAUCACCACAAGCCAAAGAAAGAGCAUCAUCAUCAUCAUCACCACCACCAUAAGCCACAGAUGCCACAUGGACAUCAUUACCAUCAUCAUCAUAAGAAGGUUCAUACAAAGUCGCAUACAGAAACGAAGGGGAAGCAUCACGGUCAUCAUCACGGGCACCACCACGGUCAUCACGGUCAUCAUGGACAUCAUGGUCAUCACGGGCAUCACGGUCACCACGGUCACGGACAUCACCAUGACGCGCCAGUCGUGCCAAGCUUCUCUUACACUCCCAGUGCUAUUCCUUCCUAUGAGGACGACUAUUCUCAUUCAUAUUCCCCGUCAGUACCAGCUUACGGUGGCAUCCCAAGUACUGGUUUUUCCGUUGGUCAGAGCCCUCGAGUACAUGGAGUAACUCACACAGUAAAACAAGUGAAGGUGUUUGACUCUCUACCUGGUGCAUUACCUAACGCUGGUGGCGGUGGUCAUGGCUACGAGGUGACGGAAGAAGGCGAGGAGGAUGACGAUGUGUUCACAACGGUCAAUCAGCUACAAAACAGAUUUCCGGCGACAUUCGGCUAUGUUCGUAGCGCUGCUCCAGAGCCGACAAAUGAUCCAUAUUCUGAAUUAACUUCACAUAGCGCGAUUCCAACACAAUUCGCAGCAGCUCCAGUGCCUACGACGGCACUUUCUGAUGGAAUUGAGACUUUUACGGGUUCCGUGCAGAGUGAUCCUUUUGCGUCCUCUGCUCCAACACAGGGUAUAGGCUUCAGCCCCAGCGUCCAGCCAUCAGCUGACUACCCCGUAACGUUCCAAGCUGAGGGCUUUGACGGUCAGCUAAACUCGUUUACAGGGUCCGACGGUAAGGACGGAUCUUUCAUUUCCCACGAGGAGAACAAUCUAUCUGAUGAUACUCCCGUGUCUUUCACAAGAGAGGCUGGUAUACAGCAUACCACGAAUACAGGCAAUGUUGAGACCCUUGUCUAUUAG